UGCCAUGGCGGACGCCAGGAAGCCGGUGCUGCACGUCUCGGCGCCGGGCAAGAUCAUCCUGUUCGGCGAACACUCCGUCGUGUACAAACGGCUGGCGAUCGCCGUGUCGGUGGGCCUGCGCACCAAACUGAACCUCUACCAGACGGACGGCGAGGUCAGCCUGGAUCUGCCCGACAUCGGCCUGCGGCGCAGCUGGCCCGUCGCCCAGGUGCGCGCCUGGAUGGCCGAGCUGGUGCAGAACGACUGGCGCGUGCCUACCUCGCCGAGCCGCGAACUGAAGCAGCGCCUGCUGCAGGCCGUGCACCGCCACGUGCCCGACCUGAGCCAGCAGCACGCGCUGGCUCUCGUCUCCUUCUUCUACCUGUACUGCAGCCUGUGCCCCAGCUUCCCGGGCGUGCACGUGGAGGUGCGCUCGGAGCUGCCGACCGGCGCCGGCCUGGGCAGCUCGGCCGCGUACGGCGUGAGCCUGGUCACGGCGCUGCUCUACCGCUACCACCAGGUGGCGCCGUCGGCGCACGAGCGGCUCACGCUGCACACGGGCGAGGAGGUGCGCCCGGACGCCGUCACGCGCGAGCUCAUCUCUGGCUGGGCGUACACCAGCGACCAGAUCAUCCACGGCGACGCCAGCGGCAUCGACAACGCCAUCUGCGCGCACGGCGGCGCGCUGACCUUCCGUGCCAGCGAGAUUCGGCCGCUGCAGGAUACUCAGCUGAUUCAGGUGCUCCUGGUGGACACGCACGUGCCGCGCGACACGCGCGCCCUGGUGCAGCGCGUGCGUGAGCGGCGCGCCGACGACCGCUUCGCCGGCGUGAUCGAGCCCGUGCUGUGCGCCAUGGACGCGCUGGCCGAGUCGGCGCGCGACGCGCUCACCGUCGGCGACGAGCCGGCGCUGGAGCGGCUGGUGCAGAUGAACCAGGGCCUGCUCAGCACACUGGGCGUGUCGCACCCGGCGCUCGACGCCAUCUGUCUGGUGGCCGCCCGCCACGGCCUGACGGCCAAGCUGACGGGCGCCGGCGGCGGCGGCUUCGCCAUCGUGAUGCUGCCGCUCGACACGCCGGACAAGAAGAAGGUUCAGAUACAGGAGGAUCUGGAGAAGCUCGGCUACGGCGUCCGCAGCGUCGAGGUGGGCGGCCGGGGUGUCGUCGUGCAGAACCUGACGGCAUGACAACCUGACUUGGGCCGGCAUAGGUCGUCGCUGUAAC